UUAGUUCAUGCCAUAAAGUUUGUGAUCGUAUGUAUAGAUCUCCACCUUCACUUUGUCACUUGCCACUUUUCAUUAUUCGGAUCCUGAGUCUACAAUAAUCUAUAGCAAUCUAAAAUAUGUAAAUAAUCUGAAAAAGAAGAAGAAAAAAGAAGCAAUAUGUGUUCUUCGAUGUGGAAAAGUGAAGACGACCAACGAGAAUCACGCCCCUGUAUUCGAGAUGACUGAUGUCUUCUUCUCGAAGAAUAUCCGGAGAACUGAUUAUCGUGCCAAGGAAACAAGACUUAUCGAGAGACGAGCCUCGUCAGAGACGACUCUUGCGGAGAUUAGGUCGAUAUUCUUCAAGUUAGAAAUGGCCGCGUCGAGUUGUCAAAAAUAAAGCAUAAUAUAACCUUAGACUGAGCUUUCGCAACUGCUGUUCGUUGCGAUAACGAUUGGAUACAUAUAUAUAAUAUAUAUUUAUAUAUAUAUAUAUAUACAAAAAGCAAUAAAGAAAUAUAUAUAUAUAUAUACUAUGUACAAUAUGUACAAAUUUAAACCAUUCGUGUUUAUGGAGCACACGGCAAACGGGCCGGAAUGUCCGAAGGCUCGCAGCGGUCACCGGAUCGCGUGCGAUUAUCGAAAUCUGUACUCUUACGGCGGCUUCAAUCCGUGCAUCUCUGACACCGACCCGGAUAUGCGCGACGAUGAAACGUGGGAGAGCAGCAAGCCGCUGUUCAAGGAACUGUGGCGCUUUAACUUGGUGAGCGAACGCUGGAAACGAUUACCCGGUCAGGAGAACAUGCCGAACGAGCUGGCAUCGAACGCAGUGAUGCUACGGGGCAACACAUUGAUGAUAUAUGGUGGUACAGGAGUGCCCUUUGGCGAGACCUGCAGCAAUCAGCUGUACGUCUGCAACGUAAACGAUGGCACGAUGAAGGUAGUACCAGCCACGGGCGACCUACCUGAGCCUCAGUACGGACAGGCUCUGGUAUAUCAUAGUUCCUAUCUCUACACAGUCGGUGGUACCACCGGUUAUGAAUACACCUGCGACAUUCAUCGAUUUGAUCUGACAAAUGGUGUCUGGGAGAUAGUGUAUGUUUGUUCUGGAAGGGAUGAAUCAGAGCCACAUGGAAGAUACAGGCAUGAACUCGCCUUUGAUGGCAAGAUGAUUUAUGUCUUGGGUGGUGGCACCUCAUCAGAGUCCUAUGGCUUUUCAGAAAUACCAGCGUUUGAUCUGGAAACAAACAGCUGGAGGACAUUGAGCACGCAUGGCGACAGCGAUGGUGCCGCAGUACCAGCACCGCGACGCUGUCACGGUUCCGUUCAAUAUACAGACACAAUGAGUGGCGUCACUUCCGUCUUCAUAUCAGGCGGUUACGACGGUGACUGGGUAUUCUCCGACGUUUGGCGACUCGAUCUCAGCACGCUGCAAUGGACGCGUUUAAGAGAAUGCAUCUUACCGUAUCCGGUGUACUUUCACUCGGCCGCGCUGAUUCCGGAGGGUCGCAUGUACAUAUUCGGCGGUAUAGUCAAAGCGAACAAUAAAGUGCAAAGGACGAAUGCGGUUCAUUCUGCUUGGGUUACGAUUCCCAAAUUAUCCGAGAUUUGCUGGCAAGCGUUGAAUUAUUAUUAUCCGAAAUUGAAGGACUAUUCGCCGGACAAGUUACUUCACAUGGGCAUACCCUUAAAAUUCGUACAAAGACUCGAUUUUAAUGUUUGGUGAACGCUAUCAAUUGCUCUAACGCUUUCGAAUCUUCGAAUUACCUUUCUCAAAGCUCACUACGCACUACAAUGGUAAUUACGCUUCGAUCAUUUUUAUUCAAUAUUUAUAUUUGACUCGUAACUUUCGACUGGUAUUUCUUUUUUUUUACGAUUUAUCUAUUAUGUAGUAACGAUACAAAGAUACGAAAUAUUUUAUAUUUACUCUGUUUAUUAUAUUUAUGGUAUAAUAAUGCUCUAUUCUCAAAAUAAUAGAUUUGUUCUCUUCAAAAAUUUAUAAUUCCAUGUAGGUCCGACAUGCAAUGUUAAAUUAUCGGAUUUUGGUAAUAUUAACGGCAGUUGGCAGUAUUAUCUUUGUCUAAAAUGUACAAAUAAUUAUAAUUAAAAAUUAAUUUAUUAAUAUGUAAAGGAUUAUAUAAUCUAACAAAAUAUAUGAGAGGGAUAGUUUAGCGUUAGCAUAUUAAUAUAUUAAUAUAGUAUUAGGUUCGUGCAUAAGUUCCUGUGGAAUCAAGUUCAAAUCGCAUUGAACUCUGUGUUCAUUUCUAAUUCUUUUUUUGUUAUUUUUUAAAUUAUUUUUUAUGCUUUUUUUAUA